AUGAUGAAGGAGUGCCUCCAGUUCUUCAUCGAGCCGGCCCAAAAAAUCAAGAUCCGCCUCAAGGAGUCUCGUAAGAAAGGGACGGAUGAGAAGAAAAAACCUUUAGUGGAGAGUCAGCUGUUCAUAAUGGAACUGGCCAGGGAACUCAACAGACUGUGCCAGAGGUCAAAGGUCCUAGCCCACAUCUGGACAGGUGAAGACAACUGGCCUCCCAGUAUGUGUAGACACUUCAUAGUGGAGUGGGCUGCCGUGCUAGAUAAGAGAGGCCAGCCGAGGAGCACGCAGACAGAGAAGAGGGACUGGAAGACAGGGGGAGAGUACGACAUCGGAACCCACAAACGGGUCAUCAUGGACUGGACACACAAGCUCAGAAACAGACCAGAGCCCAGUAUCUGGCCCGGUGAGCCCGUGUUGAUGAUGUUGGAUGAUCUGGAGAUCCAGUGGAGGAGGGGGCGUCUGCCGAACCUUCUCCCAGCCAUGGAGCUGGUCAUGUGGGUGCUGCUGAGUGCAGACAGCCCUGAUAAGGAGGACGUAACCAAACAGUGGCUGAUCAGAAAACAGAGGAGUCAGAAGAGCGAUGCAGCCCGCUACAUUCCCCACAAUGUAUGGAACUGGAUCUGUGAUGCUGCAGAGGAAGUGACCCUUGACCCCAAGACAGCCAACCCUGACCUCUUCCUCUCUGAUGACGACAAGCGCAUGCGCUGUGGCCUGGAGCGGCGAGACAUCCCUAACUGUAGUCGCGGCUUCGACGGCUGGUGGUUUUGCGCUCUGGGAAACGAGGGCUACAUCUCCGGGCGCCAUUACUGGGAAGUCGAAGUGGGCGACCGGGACUGGCGGCUGGGCGUGGCUAAAGGCUCCGCCCAGAGGAAGGGUUACAGUCCCCUCAACACACAGACGGGCUACCUCACCCUGAGGCUGGAGAGGGGCUCAGACCUCAAGGCGCUGACGGUGCCCUCCACGCCGCUGGCCCAGAUGCUGGUCCCCAGGAAGGUAGGGGUCUACCUGGACUAUGAGCAGGGCCAGCUCUCCUUCUACGAUGUGGAGAAGAGGUCCCACAUCUACACGUACAACGAGACCUUCACAGAGAGACUGUUCCCCGUGUUUGGGACUGUAGAUGUGGUGAGGGAUCUGGUGAUCAGGCCGGCACAGACCAGGGAACCCUGCCUCUGCCCUGGACCCUGUCUCUGGUGA